CACUCUCUGGGCGGAGGAGGGCGGAGUGUUUCUGCGGGGGACAGUCCCGGUGAGAGGAGGCAGGCAGCACGGACAGACAUUUUCAUCCUUUAUACCAAACAAAUACUAAAAUAACAACAAGAAGAAGAAGAAGAAGAAGAGCAGACGAAACUUAACCAGUCUUUCCUGUUUGAGGUCAAAGUUCAACAGUCAUCAUGGCCGACGAAUCAGACAUGCGCAAUGAGCUUGCGGACCUGCAGACACGCGCAGACCAGAUAGCUGAUGAUUCUCUGGAGAGCACUCGGCGUAUGCUGUCUCUGGUUGAGGAGAGUAAAGAUGCCGGCAUCAGGACUCUGGUCAUGUUGGAUGAGCAGGGAGAGCAACUUGAUCGUACGGAAGAGGGCAUGAACAAGGUGAACGCAGACCUGAAGGAGGCCGAGAAAGAUUUAAAAGAUGUAGGACAAUGCUGUGGUCUUAUAUGCCCAUGUAUUAAAAAGAUUAAGGGCGGGGGCCAGGCCUGGGGAGCGAACCAGGAUGGAGUGGUGAACAGCCAGCCGGGGGCUCGAGUGAUGGACGAACGUGAACAGAUGGCCAUCAGCGGGGGCUUCAUCCGCAGGGUAACGGAAGACGCCCGGGAGAAUGAGAUGGAUGAGAACCUGGAGCAGGUGGGCGGGAUCAUUGGAAAUCUGCGUCACAUGGCCCUGGACAUGGGUCAGGAGAUUGACACCCAGAACCGCCAGGUCGAUAGGAUCAUGGAGAAGGCUGAUUCCAACAAGACCAGGAUCGACGAGGCCAACCAGCGUGCCACAAAGAUGUUGGGAAGUGGCUAAACUGCGGCGAAAAGUGCUUUCAUCCCCCUUUAACCCCAAUUACCCUAAAAAUAACAACACCGACCAAACCCAGCCCCCCCCCCCCAACACCAACGCCCGGUGCCCUCGUCCUAUGCUCGACAGCAGGCGCUGCAAAAUCAUGCUUUUAUUGUGAUACUUGUAGAGAUUUGCACACAUGCACAUAUCAUUCAUUCCUUCCCCCCAUCUCAAUUAUGCCCAUCACUUCCCUCCCUCCCCUCUUUGUCAAUGUUGUUCUGUGUUGUCGCUCUAUGAUUUUGUUAAGAAAUAAUAGUUCCGUUACACAUCAUCCACUCAAACCGUCUCCACACUGUACAUAGUGCUUCUUAAAUGGCUUCAUUGACUUAGAUCACUCGUCCUGUUUCCUUCAUCACUCUUUUUUUUUUUAAAAGUCUGUGUGUAAUAUAAACUGUAUGUACACCUUGUUCCAAAAUGUCUUUCCCCCAUGUUGGUAUUCUGGUGUAAGACACACUGUAUUCAUCAGUUAAGAUGUCGUGAUGCUACAUGAUGAGGCCACAGUGAUUUGCAGUGAAUAUAGUGAACAUACAGCUCGUAACCAAGGCAGCGGUUUAAAUACAAAGUCAUUUAAAGUUGACGUGGAGCCGCUCAGAUCUUAAUAACAUUGAAUACUCAGUAAAAGUAUUUGAGCCAUUUGGAUGAAGACAUGGCUUUUUAUUCCCGACUGUUAGGGCACCAGUAUUUUACCAACUCUAUUGAUGGAGCAGUAUUAAACACAAUUUGAUGCCAUUGAUUGUAUAGUAUAUAUAUAUUUCCUCAGGGAGCUAAAUCUGACCAUUCAAAAGCAAGGGUUGACUAUUUAAUUGAUUUGUUGUAAUUCAUCAAAUCUGUAUCAUGAGGUGCAUAUGCAAAUACUUUGCAUUUGGUUGUGGUCUGAACAGCAUUGUUGAUGGGAUCAGAAAAAUAUUGGGCAUUAACCAUACUAGCUAACAUUGUGAUUGAUAAUAAAAAGAAGUGGGGCUUUGCUAAAGGUCACAGGUUAACAGCAACCAAUUCAACUGUUAAGGCAAAGUCACAGAGGGGGUCACAACUUCUUCACAUCCCAGGCCAGACUGCUUUACCCAUGAUUCAACCCUAGCAGUAUCAACUAGUGCAUUAAGUGUGUUAUGCAUGUCCAUCCGCUGCUAGAAGACGCUGAAUAAUUCAUUUAUUCAGACAAAAAUAUCCUAACAUGGCAACCGCAUGCUACAUAUGUAGGCCACACAGAAGAGAGGCCCCAUAUUUAUCUGCAUAGUGCCACUCUUAUUUCUUUCAUGUCUCUUUACCUUUCCAGACUGUGACCAUCACUGUAAAAUAAUACCUUGGAAAAUGCCAAUAAAAACCAUCAUAACUGUA